CUCCUAUUGAAAUUCCUGCAUGAACAAAUAAAUAAUCUUUCCUAAAAUCACAUGUUUGUGGAGAAUUUCACCUUAUUUUGAAAUAUGCUAAUUAACUACCCUUCUUAUUAUCCCGUGCUUAUAGCUAGAAGCCUAGAACAGAGUUUAAUGUUCAAGAUACUUGACAAUACAAAGUUUAUUAGGGACUAACACAGACCUGUUUAUGGAAUAAACUUGCAUCUUAUUUCAGACAAUAAAUAAAGGAAAAAAGCAAUUGAAAGGAUAAUCAUUAGACUAAGACACAAAUUUUGGAGGUGAGUCGUGUGAACGUCUUAACAGAUAAACAUACAUCUAUAUCCAGUUUUAGGGAACCAACUAAAAGAAAAUAAAAAACUAGAAGAGAAUCAUUUCCAUGCUCUCUUAAUGAAGUGUUUUUGCCCUAUUUGAGAGGUUUUUCGGGGAAGUGGGGAGGUGUAGCCUUCCAUGAAGCCCAUUGUAGGGUCCUACAAACAUGCUGCUAUCCGCCACCGAAGCGCUCAAGGGAUUCGUGCACACUGGGAGGGAGCAGGCGAGCUAUCAUUAAUUAGUGAUAACAUGCAGCAUGUGAGCUUUCCCAGGAUGAUUUGGACUGAAAGAAAAUAUGAUUUAGCCAACAAUCAUAAAAACUACUGCUACUAUUUAGAUUUCAUUGGUAGAACUGCUUCUCUAAUCUCUACCAAUGGAAUGGACUAUCCUUCUUUGAAAGAUAGCUUCAAGCACUUUUCCUAAAACUGUAGAUCUACCGAAAGUAUAAAUAAGUUCUGUAACUUGGACUAACAGCUUCCUCUCUUAGCAUUUAUAGAUGUCUUAUGGUUCUUAAUUAUCAAAUGAGGUGACGAGAUAAAUUGGGCUGAUGAGACACCAGCACAAAAAUGAUGAUUCUGUUCUCUCUUUCAAAAUGAUAUAGGAAGGAUAUUGUUUAAGUACUUACAUAACAAAGUGCUGAGAAGCCUAUGCCACGUAAUGCAGUUUCUACCAGUUGUAUUUACUAUUUGGUUUGUGAACUAUCUCCGGAUGUGGAAGUUCAAUUAUCCAUUAUUGAUAGACAAUUUGCAUUAAGAUCUUUAGUAAAUGUUAUUGAAGUAAUCCUUCAUUCUUGAAUUGUGGGUGUUAUGAUAUGCUACUAAAAGUUAAGAAGUUGUCUGUAUCCAAUAUGCUACAACAGUUAAGACAUUGUGUGGCAGGACACAGUAAUAGUAUAUACUAAAACUGUAAUAUGUGUAAUUCUUGUGCUUAUAUUUCUGCUUAUGUUCAUUAUGUGUACACUCUUUUCGUAUUGCUAUGACUUUGAAAAAGAUCAUCUUACAGCUUUUUCUAAAAUCAAUAUUCAUUUUCUCCUAACAGCUCAUAAGACAAUCAUAGGACACUAGACAUUCUUAAUUCAUUAUGAAAAAAUUCUUAAAUUGUCUUGAAAACCUCAAAAAGUAGAAGCACUUUCUGUAUACAUGUCGAGUAGUACUUUGUAUCUUUUUAGUGUGUCUGCUGAAAGCUUCAGAAUAAAGAGUCAUUUUUUUGAUUAAGUAAAUGUUUCAUUGAAGGCAUCAAGAAGAUGCAAAUUAGUUAGAAAAGUAGAAGCAAAAAUAGUUGGUCUGCUGGCUUUACUACAAUUAUGCUUCAGAAUAAAGAGACAUUGAUCGAAGUAAAGUGAUUUUGAUCGUGCAACUGGCCUUUGGAAAUGUCAAUCUGUGUCAUUCUCAAGUAGCUAUAGAGGAAUGGCUGCAUCAGCAAAGACACCAGCUCUUGACAAGCCUAACCCAGCUGAAGAUUGGACAGUUGUAUUGCCUCGUCGUGGAAAACAGAAAAGAAGUUUUCAUAAAGUUAUCAUCCACGAACGCCAAAAACAAGAACAAUUGUGGACUCCAGCAGAUAUUGAGACCAAUCCAGUAAGAGAAUCUAAAUUGAUGCAGAAGAUACAAACCUGCAUUCAGAAACUUGAGAGCUCUUCCUUCUGGUUGACAUUUUUGGAUCAGUUACAAACCCCUGAAAUAUUUGAUUGGUUUCUAAAAGCUAUGGGCUCAGAAGGAAAGAUGCAGAUGGUAAUAUAUGGAAUUGGUAGCAUAGAAUCGUAUGAGCCUCCUAGAUUACAGCUUAGUCUUGCAAUCUUAAUGACAAGAAGGUUUAGUUGGAUUGGGGAGGUAGAGGUAUUUGAUCCAGUGAUCUCUCUGGCAGAAUCUAGGGUGCUGACAACUCUUGGCUGUUCUGUCCUAACAGUCAAUGAACAGGGUCGACGGCAAGCUUUAAGACCUACGAUGUUCUUCAUGCCACAUUGUGAAGCUGAACUGUAUGACAAUCUUUUAGAGGCAAAUUGGAGGCCUGAUCUGUUGAAUAAUAUUGCACUGUUUGGAAACAGUUUUGAGGCAUAUGAGCAACACUUGUCAGUGUGCAAAAACCUUAGUCUUGCUGAUUCUAGGAAGCAUAUCGUAGCAAUCAGGCAGUUCGUAAAAGAGCUUGCCGUUGAUUCUUUUUCAGAUGAUCUAUUUCGAGCCUUCCAUGGUUCAAGUUGGCAUUUUUUCAACGUUGAUCCUCAUUCAGAUUUAUGUGAUGCUAAACCAUGAACUCUUGUUUUCUGGAUCAUACUCUUCAUUGGAACUUGAAUAUCAAAUUUUUAUUAUGAUUGAGGAAAAUUCACCUAUUUAACCUUUUGUUUCCUCGAAUUAAAGCCUGUUGUCGAGCUCUCAGCCUUUCUAUUGGUGACACCCAGAGUGGGCUGAGAUGCUGCAUCACUGAUGCAUGACUGUUUCUUUAUGUGCACGCCUUUUUGAACAUGACUCUUUUAUCCUAUAUGACCCUUGAUGUUUCCAAAUGAGAUGUAUUCAUGAUUUUAUAAAAAGUCGGGAAUAAAACAUCCUAGCUGCUUUACAA